AUGGCUGAGCCAACCCCAGCACCUCCUCCCCAGCCAACAGUCAACGCGGUCCCGAAGGCGCCCUCUACGAACCCGGCCUUGCGCAUACUCGGCCUUCCCAACCUCCCAAAGAAGCUCCCAUCACGCAACUGGAUGAUCUUUUGGACAGUCUCGACUGCCAUUGCUGCCGCCAUCAUCUACGACAAGAGAGAAAAGAAGCGCAACAUUGCAAAAUGGCGCCAUGCUGUCGAGCAUCUGGCCAACGAGCCGCUCCCCUCUGGUAGUUUUGGUCUGGCUCAGCCGCGCAAGCUGACCAUCUACCUCUCCGCCCCCCCCGGCGAUAGCUUGCGUUCGGCUCAGGACCAUUACACCGAAUAUGUUAAGCCUAUUUUGGCUGCCAGCGGCCUUGACUGGGAAUUUGUGCAGGGUCGGCGCGAGGGCGAUAUCCGCGCCUAUGUCGCCGAACGCAUUCGCCGGGUGCGCCGUUCUCUCGAGGGCAAGGAGGAGCGUGACCCGACUAAGCCCCCAAGCAAGGAGGAGAUCGUGGAAGAGUUCCGCAAGUCGCGGGGUAUCAGGGACUACGAUGGAAUUCGUGGUGACAUUGUUAUUGGCAGGCACACUUGGAAAGAGUAUCUUCGCGGCUUGCACGAGGCCGACUACCCUUCCUCUCCCCUUCCGCCGCACAUCCCUCCGGCCUUCCACCCGACCGCUCCGAUCCGCGAGCCACAUCUCCUGGGCUUUUUGAAUACACCAAUCCGUCUGUACCGCUACUUCAACCGGCGCAAGCUUGCCGAUGACAUCGGCCGCGAGGUCGCUGCCGUCUGUCUUUGUACCUACCGCGAGUUCCGUCAGCUCCAGGCCAACCCCGACUCCACACCCUCCGACAAUGAGCCCUGGAACCAACCCGCCCAAUACGAACAGCAGGCCGAACUUGCCUGGGAAGAGAAGGACUGGGUCAAGUCUGUCUGGAAGGAGGCUGACCAGGUCGAUCCAGAGGUUCCUGAGAAAGUUCGGCCAAAGCCCAUCGUCAUGGACCCACGCAUUGCUAUACGCAUGCGCCGUUUCGCUUUGACUCCGGCCGAUGAGGAACGUGUCAGUCGGAUUAUUGUGCCUGAGGAAGAGGUCGAGGGUUGGAUCAAGGGCAAUCUGCGUGCCCUAUAUCGCUGGGGAUAUCAGAAGGCGUUCGUGAAGGAGAAGAGGACGCCGUUAGAGGAUAAGGAUGUGGAUUAA